GGUUCUGCACGCUGAGAAGGAAGUGGUGCUAGACACAGCCAAGCAGAGGGACGGUUUAAGUCGUCUCCGGUCCAGAGAUUGAGCGAGAGGGGAGGAGAGUGGAGGCCGGCAGGUCGCACUGGAGAUGGGCAGCGCCGGAGGACUCUGUUCCAGUCCAAAGGCUUGGGGAUGUGGCUGGAAUGUCAUCCGACUCCUGUGCUUUGCCUUCAUUAACUGGGGAGCUGCAGAAAAUACUGCUGCUGUCUUUGUGGUGAAUCAGAGACCCCCUUCUAUCUGUGCAAUGGAAGGGUCAGAGUUCACCAUCGAGUGUACAUUCAACACAAGCAAUAAUUCAGCCAGGUGGUUUGUUGAAUGGAAUAAAACCAGAAACAAUGCAACAGCCAAGGUGAAUGUAACAGAUCGAAUCAUAGUAUCAACAGAUAGAGAAAAGAGGUCUCUUUCCCUCACUGUGAAGAAAGCCGACGUCACUGAUUCUGGAACCUACGUAUGUGGGUUUGGGAGCAAAGAUGUGAUAUAUCCUGGGACUGGAACCCAAGUGACCAUCGAUGAAAUUACCGACCUGAUGGUGAAUCAAACCCCAGCCAGUGUCAGUGAUUUAGAAGGCUCAGAACUUACCAUGAAUUGUACAUUCAAGACAGUCAAUAACCACAGCCCCAUGUAUGUGCGAUGGUAUAACUAUGGGACCGAGGGACUAAAGAAAGAGCUGGUGAAUGAGAGAGAGGUGAUCACAACCCUGCAUUUGGCCAAUGGAUUUGCCUCUCUCACUUUGAAGAAUGUGAAUUCAUCUAAUACAGGAACCUACGUGUGUGAGGUGGGGAUCACAGCAAGGAACCUCUCUGGGAAUGGAACAGGAACCCAACUGACCAUCGAGAAAAUUCCCAAGCUGAUGGUGAAUCAGACCCCAGCCAGUAUCCAUGAGUCAGAAGGGUCAGUUCUCACCAUGGAGUGUAGAUUCAUGGAAUUGAAAAACCACAAGACCUUGUAUGUGAAAUGGUAUAAACAUAACGGAACUGGGGAAAUGAAGAAGGAGAUGAUGAGUGAAAGAGGCGGGGGCUCAGCAGCCCUGGAUUUGGAAAAGGGUUUUGCUUCGUUCACUCUGAAGAACGUGAAUGUAACCGAUACAGGAACCUACAUGUGUGAGGUGGGGAGCACAGCUAGGAACUGGUCUGCGUCAGGAGCCGGAACCCAAGUGACCAUCACUCCACAUGACCAAAAGCUGAGCGUUUACAUUGUUCUUGGAGCUGUGGCUGGGACACUUGUCUUCUUGCUGGUGCUCAGUAUCCUUUUGUGGAGAUGGAGACAGUGCUCCAAAGAACCACUUCAAAGCAGGUCAGAGGCAGAGAUGAAUCAGCUGGAGAUGUCUUCUCCUCCACCAGCUGACGAUGCGAUUUAUGCUAACUUUAACUUCCACGAAAGAGACGCACAAGCGGAGGAAGAGGUUUACACAGAAGAGAAGAUACGGCCAAUAGAGACAGAUGACGACAACAUUUACACAAAUAUCAACCCUCGUCAUCGCUGAAAUGA